AUGUAGAGACUAUACUCGUUGCUAGAGAGCCAAAAUUCAGAUAGAAAUGCGAUUGAUGCUGACAGUUUUGUGAACUUAUUUGGACAUCUUAAUUUUUUCAAAGAAUAUAUUUAAGAAGGAAAUAAACAACUGAUUAGGUAGGCUUUUAUGAAAGCUGAUUUAUAAACAUUCUAUAAAAACUAGUUCAUUACAAGAAAGGGAGAAAAAAACAACUAGUUUAUGCUUAUUUUGGAAGGAUAAGUAGGACUUUAUUUAGAAGUUGCAGACUAGUUAAAGCCUAGUAAAAAGUAGCUAAUUUUGAUUAAAAAGCUUAUUCAAGGGGAUCCAAUAGAAAUGGGUACUCUUAUUGAUGGUUAAAACUAUUUAAUGACAACUUAGGCUUUGAGUGACACAGUUUAGAUUUUAAGCAUGACUGCUUAGAAUUUUAGUAAAACUUUCUAAAAAUACGAGUCAGAUAAGUUCGAUGCGGAUUUAAAUUUCUUAAAGGGAGUUCCUUUUAUUUCAGACUGGCCAAGAAAAAAUUUAACAUCACUACAAAUGUGCAUUACAAAAUACACUGUCCCUCGUAGUUAAAUAAUAUACUAAGAAGGGUAGCAAAGCCAUGCACUUUUUAUAGUGAAAAAGGGCGAAUUUGGACAAUACAAAAAGAGAUAAUUUUGGUAAAGAAAUGAAAAUAUUGAUAAAGGCGAGCCAGUAGAAUUUAAUGAAAAAUUAAACAAAAUUGAGGAAAUUGAGUAGAAAACAAGUGAACAAAAACAAGAUUAGAGUGGAUCAACAACUCCUGCUGCCAAAUCACAGACUCUUUUGAGAGGUUUAAGCAAAUAAGAUGCUUUUAAAAAAGUAGCAGGAUUUCUUGUUGGUUCUGUUGUAGAAAUGAAUUCAGACUUAAUAUAGACGUUUACAGUUUUUGACAGUUUUGGUGAGAAGGAACUUUUAAAUUAAUCACCAAGAUAGAAUAGUGUUGUUUGUAGAUCUGCUUAAGGAGAACUCAUUUAAAUUAAGUCUCGCCACUUCUUCAUCAUAGCUUAAGAAGAUCCUGAGCUUAAAUUUUCUGUGAUGACUAAAAUGAUGGUUGACUCCAAGAAAUCAGAACUUAAAAAUUUGAGAACUGGUCUUUCUUUCCGAAAUGAAAACGAGUUACUAUUAUUUGAUAAAAAUCUUAGUAACAUUGAAGAAAUAGAAGACAAAAUUAAUUUACUUUAAACAACUGGUAGCAUAUCAAGUACUUUAGGCAACCAUCCUUACAAUCACGAUUCAAUGCAAACAAAUCUCAAUUAGACAAAUAAAUCUGGUUUGAAUAAAUUGUAAUUCAAUCCUAAGUAAUCUCUAUCUUCUUCAAACAAAUAAAAUACAGCUCAUAUUUAUUUUGAGCAUCGCCGAUAAUCUAAGAAAUUUGAAAAUACAAGUGAAUAGAUUCAAAAUAAUCUAAAGAUAAAUCAGGUACUUUUACCUUAAAGAAAAUCUGUGUUAGUUACUGAUUUAACACAGUAUUUACACGAAAAAUAAAGCUAAACUCCUACUGCUUUAGGAAGCAAUUAAUAAAGUAAGCGCUAAAUUGUUGUGAGUAAAUAUGAAAACCCAGGGCCUUAUAAUAUUUAAUAGAUAGAUAAUAAUCACUAAAAUCAUUUAAUUAGCAACUUCUUAGACACUCAUAGCAUAAGUAGUAAAAAUAAAAUAGAAUCUCUGUAAGAAAUUGAUUCUUAAUAUAGUAAAGUAAUUAAAUUACCAGCUAUUUAAACCAAUAACACAACAUCUUAAAACACUAACUCCUCUCUAAAUAUAAGAAGUUAAAACUAAAUGCGUGGAAAUUCUUUUUCUAACACUUUUGAAAGAUAAUAUGGAGGUUCAUUAACACCUAAUCAUGCAUCUUAAAAAUAUAGUUUAAAUAUAAGGAAAUCAUUUAAUUUUGGAGGAGAUUAUAUCUACGAGCAAUAAAAGUCACCAUUUGAUUAAGGCAAAGAUUCUCAUUUAGAUACAGAUUCUGGUCUUCCUUCUAACAAGUACUCAUCAAGACCAUUAAUAAGUUAAAUAAGCUACUCUUAAUUCUAAAUUAAUAUCUGA